CGCUCUCCCCAACACGUAUGCUACACGCCCACUUUGUCCGUGUAAGAUUUUCUUUCUUUCAUGCGGUGCAGUGUGUCUUUCGACAGAGAGAGAGCGCCUCGAAUUUUCUUACUGUGAAACACACGCAGAGUGAAAAGCAUAGAGGAAUUUGUUGAGUAUGUAUUUUUCAGUUCAAGCUGUGAAAGCUGGCUAAAAUACAUUGCAACUGCCAGAUUCAAGAACUAUGAAAGCUGCCGAAGGUUCGUUUGUAUCUCAGCUGUAAUGAAUAUUCUUUGCAAAUGACAUUUAGGUUGGAAAUAAAACAUAUUUUUCGGUCGCCGCCUCGUAAGGGGGGCUUUAUGUUCAGGGGUUAUAGUAUCCCUGUUUGUCCCGUAGCGAAAGAUUAUUGCAUAGAAUUUUUUGGAUAAGACAACUCUUGUGAAAAAAAAGGAGCUGGCAUCAUGGCUACAAGGCUAGUUUUUCUGUCUUUGGUAUUCGGGGCUAUGUCUGUGUCUGUGGGAGAGCAUCUGACUACAUCAGAGGUUCCGCCAAAGCGUCCUUACUUCGUCGACUGCCGUUCCCCAGAACAGGAGACAUUUAGUUGUUGGUGGAGUGCUGGGGAUUACCAGAAUCUAACAGGCCCUGGUGCACUGAGUGUCUUCUUUCAGAAAAAUAGAGAUGUUUGGAGGGAGUGCCCAGACUACAGCACGGCUGGUGAAAAUCACUGUUAUUUUAAUAGUACCUACACAUCUAUUUGGAUUCCAUACUGUGUCCAGCUAAGAUCACAAAUCCAGGACAUUGUUUAUCAUCAGAUGUGCUUCACUGUGGACGAAAUAGUGGUCCCUGACCCCCCUGUUGGUCUGAACUGGACGUUAUUGAACAUUAGCCAGACGGGGCAACACUUUGAUAUCCUGAUACAAUGGGAGCCCCCUCCUUCAGCAGAUGUCAAGAAAGGCUGGAUAAGUCUAGUCUAUGAGCCACAGUACAGAGCUAUCAACAUGUCUGAUUGGAAGCCGCUGGAAGUUGAGAGAGCACGCUACCAGUCUGUUUAUGGGCUGAAGACUGGCAUGGAGUAUGAAAUCAGGGUGCGGUGCAAACAGACUGCUUCUGAAAAAUUCAGUGAAUUCAGCGACCACCUUUAUGUGUACAUUCCUAAGGUGCCUACCAAAGAAACCCUGUUUCCAUUUACAAUGAUCUUAAUCUUCGGAGCAGUGGGAGUGAUUAUAGUCCUGAUGUUAAUUAUUUUCUCCCAACAACAGAGGUUGAUGGUGUAUUUCCUGCCACCUGUACCAGUCCCAAAAAUUAUGGGAAUUGACCCAGAACUGCUGAAGAAAGGCAAACUGGAUGAAUUGAACUCUAUUCUCAGCGGCCAUCACACCUUUAAGCCUGAACUCUACAACGAUGACCUGUGGGUGGAGUUCAUAGAGCUGGAUAUUGACGACCAAGAUGGAAGGUCCAACCACUCUGACACUCACAAACUGCUUGGCUCAGAGAACCUGAAUGGCAACUGCCUGAACAUCAAGGACGACGACUCGGGACGCGCAAGCUGUUACGAGCCAGAACUCCCUGACUCUGACACGCUCGAUCGAAGCCAGGCCGAAGCCAGAGAAGAGAAGGCAAGCCUCCUGGACUCUGAGGGCAAGGCGGCCCAUUCGAGUACCGCGGAUCCCAGCCCACCUGGCAGGAGCCACCCUGGAGCCACUGCUGAAGGAGCAAGCAGAAGUCAUCCCCAGAUCCAGUCCCAGCUGAGCAGUCAGAGUUGGGUAAACCUGGAUUUCUAUGCCCAGGUGAGCAACAUCACUCCAGCAGGGGGGGUUCUGCUAUCGCCCGGCCAGCAAAGCAAGAUUGAGAAAACCGCAGAAGCACACAGCUCCCCCAAAACCCAAAAGUGCCAACUUGCCAUGACCACGGACAGUGCCUACACCUCAGAGAUGGAUGCGAAAAACAUCAGUGCCACACCUUCCCUUAAUGGAAACGAGCCAAAGGUUACAGUGAGCCCCUACACUGUGAGUGAAGCCCCAGCCAGCUCAGUUCCACCAGUCUCGGACUACACCACUGUGCAAGCAGUAGAUUCCCAGCAGAGCCUGCUUUUGAAUCCCUCAACGUUGCCCACCAAGGGCACUCCUAUGCCAGCUGGAUAUCUGACCCCAGAGCAGUUGAACAGCAUUAUGCCCUAAGUGAUUCAAAACCACAGAUGCAAGCGUGCUAUUAACUUUUAUGCUUUUAAACCAAAACAUCAUGCAGGAGACACACAGGCGGAUGACUGUAGUGUGGCGGUAGAGGGCGAUGUGGUGCAGCAGCGUUGGUUUCCUUGCAAUUGACGUAAGGUUUGAUGGCUAAAAUAAUAAUAAAAAAUAAAAAAAACACUCUACCCUUUGAAGCAGGAUUCCUACAAUAGCUUGUUUAUCAUUCUGGACUGGAAUUUUGGACUGGAAUUUUGGUUCUAUGUAUCAGAAAAUGGAGAAUAGUUCAGUAAGCACCCAUUGCCAGAUCAGAGGCAACAUGAUUAUGGCACUAUUCACACAAGUGUUACUUAAAAUGAAUACAAAUAAAUAUGUAAUUAAACAUAAGAUCUUAAAAGGGUUGGAGGAUGGUUUAAAAAAAAAAAACAGAAUGUACUUUUAAACUUCUGCUGAUUUUCAUCUGAAGCAUUUUUUUCUUCUAGCUGUAUAGAAUUAGAAAGCUAAUGUGCUUGUUUUUUGGUGUUUAGAUUAUUUUUCCCCUAAUUCUGUGAUUUGGUUCUGUUCGACACAGUUGACAACCUGAAGUUUAGUUUUAGUGUAUAAAACAUAACUAUCCUUACCAGUGCUUGAAAUAGAAACAAAAGUGCCGGUACCCAGAGAACUGAGGGCAGGGGGUGGGGGGGAAACAGGUUAUGCAUGAGUUUGCAACAUUUGAACUAAAAUAUGAUGCAGCUCGUAACUGGAGAGCACUCACCAAACACAGCUCCAGUCAAAAUAACUUCCACAGGGGCUCACGUGAUACUCAUUAAAACACCAGCUUAAAGCUUACUAAACAGCAGCCAAUAAAUAAAACAGACAAGUUUUACUAGGGUUAACUACUUGGUUUGUCUUUUAACCAGCCUUAAAUGUGACACUUCAUCUUUAAAUGAAAUGGCCCUCGUUCGGAGGUCAAUGAGCCAUAUGAUUCUUAAAAUUAUUUUUUAAAAAUGUAAAUAUAUAUCAAACAAUUAUUCUGUACGUACUUGUUACCUCGCAAAAAUGUCUUAAUUUUCAGUUUUGAAACAGACAAGAGCAUGAGUAUAGUAGUUAGAUUCCUCUUAAGGGGAAAAUAAAAACAAUGCAAUUUCCAGUACCAAGCCUUUUGCUCCUGCACUUUUUUGCUCGAGGUUUGUAGAAAAACGAUUGCAACGAUUUUUUUUUUAGUAGUGUAAUAUUGCAGUUGUCUCAAAAAGAGCCCCAUUGUUUUUUGGUUGUGGAUUGCAGUACUCUCUUGUAAGUUUGAUAUUAGAUCUCAGGGUGUGAUUUUUUUUUUUUUUUGUUGUUGUUAUGGGGAGCCAGGACAGUGCAGGUGUAACCUGGGGAGGGGGUGAGGGUGGGAGGAGAGGUUCGAGUACCUGGGAGAGUAAGGGGAGAGGUAGAACAUGACAGUGUGCUGCAUUAGGGUGGCUGGGAGAUCAAUGUGGUGAUGAGGACGGGGUGGGGAAGCUAGUGGGUAGGAUGGGAUGGAUUACAGCUGAACAAACCUCAAUUGAGAGUUAAGAUGAAAUCACUACUGUAAACAGCUUGUAGUAUUCUUGAUGAAAUGGGUUUUUUUUUGGAGAUUAAAGGCUCCUGUCUUGUCUAUGGACUACCAGGGGUUAAUUUGUGAACAAAAUGGUACUAGAUCUUAUUAUUAAGGAAGAGGGACAGCAUUUUUGUUUAUAGACCUAAUGUACUGACCUUGAUUUACAGAAGCAACGAUAUAUAUACUUCAAGCUCUCAUCUGUUUGUAGGUUUCAUGCCUUAUUGUUGGUGUCAGUAGCUGCGUGCCUGUCUUUGCCUAGUCAUAUUUUAAAGUAGUCUUCAGGUUUGAACAGUACCUGUGGCGGGCCGACUAAUCUGAUGAACAGGACACUGUUGUUGUUAAGAGCACUAGUUUUUUGGCGUUUCUCAACUUGGGGUGUAUAAAAAAAAAAAAAACUAAAAAAAAACUAGUCAUUUCUUUCCUCAUAAAUGUCGAAUUGUAAAAUAUAUAAUUACAGUACAGUACAGGAGAGCAUGUUUUUAUUGUACAUGUUAUGCAUAUAGAGUUAUUUUUUUUGCAGCAUUUUUUUUUUCAUACAUUUGCAAAUUGUACAAUUCUUGCCUGGCAGACAAAAAGAUACUGGAUCUGGGAUCUGGUGCGAUGCGAUCCGGCACAAAUUAACCACAGUAUAAAGAUCCCACACUAUUAUUCUAAGAAGAGCAGGGGUGAUAAUGCCAGUGUAAUUUGGGCUACCUUGGUUAAUAUAUUUCCCUUUUUUAAUUGUCCCUGUAGAAUCAGGACAUUCAUUACAGCCCUUUAACAAGAGUUUACGAAAUGAUAUCAUUAUUACUUAUUGUAGUAGACAAACGUAUCAACAACUUCAACAGCCAUUCAAAGGAACCGUGUCUGAACACCUCACUGCAUGACGCUUCCUGUUUAACAGUGUAUAAACCUUUGGUCGGUAGAGACCUCUGGUCCAGAAUAAAUCAUCUUCAGAUUCCCUAAUUCCAGCUCUUCUACUGGCUUACUGUUCGUCUCCAGACACAAGGAACUUGCUUGGAAUAGGGUUUAGUCGUUAUUUUUUGUAUGUAUAAUGGUGCAAACUUGCUGUUCUGCUUUAUUACAGCUUUGCAUUUUUAAAGAAAACACUUUACUAUGUCUGCCUUAAGGAAACUACAAUAUGCAAAAAACAAACAGCACAUGGGAAAGUUGCCAUUAGAAAUGUGGUCUGUACUGAAGUACACCUAUUUGGUCUCUGGUAUCCUGUCUGUUUCAGUGAUUGGGGAGGGGGAUCGGGGUGGUGGGGGUAGGGGAAUCGCUAGGCAUUUGUAUAACCGAGAACCCAAAAGCAGUAUGUUUUUAAUGUCCUAUAACUUUUCAACAAUAAGUUACUCCUUUUAAGAUUCGCUAUCGGACAGUAUUACAACAAUACAUAUAUCAUGGAUUUUUUUUUUUUUUUUACUUCUGUGCUGAAGCAUUUUUUUAAAGGCAUAAGCUAAUGGUUGCAUAAAAAACUAAAUCCAGUGUUUGAGCGGUAUUGUUAAAUGAUUCUCUGAUCUUCUAUUUAUAUUAUAUGUAAAAUAUAUACUGCAACAGUUACCUUGAGCUCUAGCAUGCAAUAAUGUAUUAAUGUAUUAGCUAGCCAACAUGUGCCAAUAUGCUGCAUUGUAAGGUAAUGUCUGCCUGAAGCAUCAAAAAGAUAGCAAGUGUUGCAAAAAAACUUUGUAUUAGAAAUCUUACAUUAGUGCAGUGCGACUAUGAAACCGUGCCAAGGUGGAGGAAGUCAGAAGUGUGUAAUAGGGACACUAUUCAUAAAGCAUCGGCAUGGCGAUCGAUGCAUAGUACUGGUAUGCAAUCACCAGCAUGUCAAUGUCUUAUAAAUAUAGCCCUUGGUUCUCUGACUCUUCUAGAACACCACACCCAGAUCCUUAUGGUAGCACUUUUAAGGGAUGUGGGAUGGAGGGGUUGAACCACUGAUAUUCAGUGGACCUGUCUUGAAUGAUUUGACUAUAGUCUGCACUUGAAAGCAGUACAUUUUUAAUGUCCUAUAACUUUUCAACAAUAAGUUACUCCUUUUAAGAUUCGCUAUCUGACAGUAUUCCAACAGUACAUAUCUCAUGUUUUUUUUUUUUCUUUACUUCCUUUUGUGCUAAUCGUUGCAUAAAAAGCUAAGUCCAAUGUUUGAGCGGUAUUGUUAAAUGAUUCUCUGAUCUGUGUGUGUGUGUGUGUGUGUGUAUAUAUAUAUAUAUAUAUAUAUAAUCCUUUAAUAUUUCAGACUUUGUCCAGAUUCUGGUAUUUAUCUAUAACAGAUACAAUUGUACUACCUUUGACAUAUAUGUUAUGUGAUAAUAUAGUUAAAAUUGAUGAGAAUUGCAAAGAAGCUGGGAUGGCAAGUAAAUAUGCUCCAAGUACUUGCAUUAUAAAAAGGAGAAGUUCUGCCUUAUUGAAUAUCUGUCUAUCUAUGCUGCUGUGUCUUUAUUAUACAUUUUAAGUCGGCGCAUGCUUGAACAAUCUUAAGCCCCUUUCACACUGGCAUGCUCUACCCGGGUUGGAACCUACCCGGGUCAGGACCUGGUGUCAUGUGGGUCGGCUACGCAAAUUCACACUGCUUUUGAUAAAGCAGGGUUGACCUGGGUGACAGAUGCAAGUAAACAAUGCGCAUAUCGAUGCUCCGGAAGCAGCUUGUUACUGACGCUUCCAUCCAAGCUUCUCUGGAUUGAACUGUCUGCUCAUAUGUCGAAUACAGCAAAUGUUUCAUAAUCUCUGCUGAAAUCAGGCUCAUGGUGUGUCUCAAGCAAUAAAAAUAAGCCUAAAUAGAAAUGUUCCUUGUGGAAGUGAAACCUUCACGCAGGCGCGGCUGUUUGUUAUUGCGUCGGCUCACGAACGGCCAUGCAUUUUGUCUUGCUCAACCCACGUCAAAGUGUGUCGACCCACAUCCUGAGGUGGGUCACUGAGACUUGGGUAAACCCGGGUACGACCCAGGUAUGUGGUUUCACACUACACGGGAUUGUGACCGGGGUAGACGGGCUUCAGAAUGUAAUGUUUGGGAAGUGUUAAAAGCUCUUAUUUGAUUAUUUGCUGGUUUCAUUGUAUAGUCUCUUUUUAGACCUUAGUUAUGUCAGAAUUGUAUGAUGGUUAAACUCAUAACUGAAUCAACUGUUCUGCAACAUGAAAAACAUUCUGGAAAUGUUUGAUGAAUCAAAACGUAAUAUGUAAAUGUACAGUGGUCUAGUGAAAAUCAAUUGAUAUUACACAUUAACCUAUCCUGGAUGUAACAGUUCAUUGAGAGCAUUUGACUUCAGCAGGUAAAGGUGAAUUUUUUACAUUGAUUCUAUCAAAAUCUGUGGCAAAUUUACAUGUAACAAGUCUAUUGUUGUGUGUACUGAGGAGCACAAAGAGAGCUCCAAUCUGGAUUGUUUAAAUCCUGAAAUGUGUGGAAGCAGACUUCUAGGGGAACGGGUUGAUGCUUUUGUUUGUGGGAGGAAGGGUGUAUUUAAAGUGUAUACAGUACUUAAAGUGGCUUAAACAACUAUCCAGUAUUUUCACACCAACUUUUGCUGUUUCUGACAAGUAAUGUAACAAUUAACAAUAUCCAUCAAUGCCUUUCUCCAUAUGUAUGCAAUACUUAAAAUAAAAAAUAAAAAACACUACAAAUCUUAUAGAAUAGAUUGUAAAAGUGAACAAGUUGAGACGUUCUCUUUCAAAGCAUGAUUUUGUUUAUGUUGUUAAAUGUGUAUUAGCUGCUCUCUUUGCUGCUACAUUCUUUUGGAGAUAGCAUUUUGUCUUUUGUUGUUGAAGUUUGUUAUAUUUGAUUUGUGUUAUUGUUAUAAUUAGUAUUAUAAUUAUAAAGUGAAUAUAUGUAAAGGUUAUCUAUGUGUUAUCCAUAAGAACUGUGUAACUGCUUCUGGUCACAAAAUGUAAUGGCAAGAUACCUCAAUCACAAAAAAAAUGUCCUGGUACAAACAACAGUUGAUUCUGCGUCGUGAAUUCACAUUUCUUCAGUGUUAUAUGUUUCAUUUAUUCUAUGAGUCAUAUAAUAAAGUGUAUUUUUCUUGGCA